AUGCCAGAGGAAAAUACACACCAAGAUACAGAUAUUAGCCCCAAUGAAUCAGCAUCCACGUCAUCUCAUGAUAUGAAUACCCCACUGGAGUCAUCUUCCAAAUCAAAGAAUGUCCAGUUUUCUGAGUUUAGUCCCUCGGUAUUUUAUCGCUAUCCUCAGAAAAUGGAAUCGGCAAUUGAGUCGACAGAUGAGGAAGAUGAUUCUAUUGAUGCUUCUUUUAAUGAGUCGGCAGAGAUAAGAAGCCUCCGGAAUUCGCUUCAGCAGUACAAUCUGAGGGCAGAAAACAAUUCGCAGAGCAAAGGAGAUGUCCAAUUUCCAGUUUUCAACAAGAGGCCUCUAAGUGACACUCCUGUUGUGAGUGGCUACAGCUCGCCAUCGAAUUUAUCGCCAAUAGUAUUGAGCGAUGAUGAAUUGAGCGAAGGGGAGGCUGCAGAAGACAAAGAAUGCACUGGAUCCUCAAAGAAGAGGGGCAAGAAGCAGGAGCUUGAACUCAGGAAGGAGACGGCUGAAAACACAAUGAGAAAUAAGAGCAUAUCGGCGCCGUCUGCGAAGUGUGGGCCGGAAAAGACCGAGACGUCUAUGGAGCGGCAAUACAGCUCCAGUUUCAACUUUCCUGGCCAGACAAGGACGAAAUCAUCGCCACACGGAGAAUUUGAAUCCACAAACGAGAAGUUGGUGGUUGUUCUGGUCGGAUUACCUGCCCGGGGCAAGUCAUAUUUGAGUAAGAAGCUCGUUCGAUACCUCAAUUGGCUCCAAAUUCCAUCAAAAAUCUUCAAUGUUGGCUCUACGAGGCGUGCCAGAUCAAAGAAGGUUGGUCCUGCAAGCAAGCCGUUGCCAGAUGGUGAAAAUUUGCCAAAGAAAGAGGCUAUGUCCACAGCCCAAGAUGCGAACUUCUUCUCGCCAUCAAACGAGAAGAACGUGCAUCUAAGGGAAGUGUGGGCCAAGGAGACACUAGACCAUCUUUUGGACUACUUGCUGAAGAAAGGUGGGUGUGUGGGUGUGUUUGAUGCGACAAAUACCACGGUUAAGCGGCGUAAAAUGCUCUUUGACACCAUCAAGGAAAGAAGUAAAGGCAAGCUCAAGGUGCUAUACUUGGAGAGCAUAUGCAAUGACAAGGUGAUUAUUGACACGAACAUCCACCUCAAGUUGGACGGACCGGACUACAAGAAAAUGGACAGAAACAAAGCGUUGGAGGACUUCAGAGGACGACUUAAGAACUACGAGAAGGUGUACGAGACGAUAUCCAAGGAGGAGGAUCAAAAUAAGGAUUUCCAAUAUAUCCAGAUGAUCGAUGUUGGUCGGAAAGUGAUUGCAUGCAACAUCAAGGGCUUCAUACCUUCGCAGAUCAUAUACUACUUCCUUAACUUCAACCUCUCGAAGCGGCUGACCUUUAUUGCCCGGCAUGGUGAGUCAACAGACAAUGUGAAGGGACGAAUUGGUGGUGAUGCACCAUUGACUGAGAGAGGAAGAAGAUUCUCGCAAGCCUUGGUGAAGUUUGUGGACUUCAAGAGAAAGGAGUUUCGGAUGAGGCAACUGCGGCAGUACCAGAAGGAAUUGCAUGAUGAGCAUUACAAGUAUUUGCUUGAUGCUGGAGAGAUAAAGCCACCUGUUGAGCCGGAUUUCCAGGUGUUAUCUUCGAUGCUGAAGCGGAGUGUUCAGACAUCUGAGUACUUCCCCGAAAGCCGGUACCAGGUCAAGCAGUUGCGGGCUUUGGAUGAACUUGGAAGCGGCAAUUUUGACGGUAUGACGUACCAAGAGAUCCAGGAUGUGUAUCCAGAGGAGUUUGCAGCCAGAUUGAACGAUAAAAUGACGUAUAGAUACCCGGGAAUGGGCGGUGAGUCGUAUCUGGAUGUGAUAAACAGGCUCAAGCCCAUAAUAAAUGAGAUGGAGCGGUCCACGAGCCACAUGCUAUUGAUAACGCAUCGUGUGGUGAGCCGAAUCCUAUUGGCGUACUUCCUCAACUUGAAAAGAGAGGCUGUGGGUGAGUUGGACGUUCCUUUACAUGCCGUUUAUGUAUUUGAGCCUCGUCCAUUUGGAGUUGAGUGGAAGUUGUAUGAAUACGAUGAAAAGCAGGACUGGUUCCACGAAGUGGAUCCUAGCAAGAUGGAGAAUAGCAGAAAAGUGUGCGAGGUUGGGAUCACCUACCACGAAAGGAGGUAUUCUGUUGUUCCGACUGCACCAAGAAGUGCAUCUUCUGUUUCUUCAACUGGUUCGAACUCCUCUGUUGGAAGUGUCAGAAAUGCCUUGCGGGAUUAUGGAUUGGGACAUAGUAUUACCCAUUCGGCCAGACUUCCGCUAAAUUCGGCACUCAAGGAUCUACAAAGGGCCAGGGGUAUGUGA